AUGAGUACCUUACUUCAUGAAACAAUCAUUCCCCCCUCCGGUGUAGAGAAAAGUAUUAUUCACCAAUUUACAGGGAAGUACCCCCAACUCAUAACAACUAUUUCUAACUGUUUGACGUGUUACGACAUCACGCCAUCAGGUCUUUCCAUUCGUUUCAAAGAACGUUGUGAAGCGAACAUAGUUGAUGUUGGGUAUGCUGUUGUCAAGGGUGUGUCGUUCUUAAUUCUUCUCUUCAAACAAGCGCGCCUUUCAGUGAUGCGAUACAACACAGAAACAAACCGAUUUGUUGUGCACUCGCUUCACUGUUUUGAAUACCCUGAACUUCGAAUUCGAGAAAAAUGCACGCCAACGGCUUAUGAUGAUCCACGGAUGUUCAUCGAUAAGAAAGGGCGAUGUAUAUCACUUUUGUGUUACGACCGACUGUUAUGGGUGAUUCCAUUAGGGUCCAAUAGAAGCUCUUAUCGCGUCGAUUUAGAGAAGUUUGGGGUGUCGCGCAUAGUCGAUGUGAUAUCGUUGAGUGGCUACGAAACACCGACGUUGGCAUUCCUUCAUAUGACGGUGCCGACUUGGGAUGCGCGUACUGUCAAUACAGGAGAAGCAACAAAUGAAAUUGCGAUCAUUAAUGUGAACCCUGGUGUAGUAGGAGAGGAAGAACAAGAGUGUGCCAAUGUAGUCAAUCGGAUUAGUCGCCUUCCAUACAACACUUUAAAAAUGGUGGAGUGUUAUCCACUACCUGGUAUCUUACUCUUAGCUUCUGUUAGUGUCUUAUACAUCUCCACGACGUCAUCUGAGUCAUUCAUCUUACCAUUUGGCACGUAUUUCAAUCCUCCAGAGGUGUGGAAGGGGGUUGUUCCUUUCCUCAAGCUUCUUCCGAUGAAAAUCCGGAUCAUCCAACUUGUCAAAAGCAUUCACCAAUUAUCACAGAAUUUGUAUUUGACAUUCACCGAUAAAGGAGACUCCUAUUACAUUCACUUAAAUUGCGUGGAGGGUAUUGUGCAAGAGAUCGUCCUCUCCAACGCGCCAUACAAAUUUAUACCAAACACGGUCUCGUUGUAUGACGAUUACAUCUUCUUGGGGAGUGUCUUCCACGACUCUUAUUUGUUCAAUUACACGAUAUGUGAGUACGGUAAAGGAGAUAUCAAACCGUUUGGGAUUCAUUGUGGGGAUGCCGUUCGUAUUAAAAAUCUGCAGGAGCGCAGCGGACAAAUGGAGGAAGACUACCCCUUUGAUUUCCAAACGCCGAUGGAAAAGCCGAAUGAGUUAGUCUUGAAGUUACCGGAACUCGACAAAAUCAAGAGUGUUUCGUGUAUCCACGAUUAUUGUUUGGAGGGCGAUGAACACAACGGAUUUGAAUUUGUUGUGUGUGUAGGGUUCCAACCGUUUGGACGAAUCAUUAAAAUCCGCAGAAACGUUCACACCGAAACAAAGAUCUCUGCGAAUGCGCCGAAUUUUGUAUUCAAAGGGAUAGAGAGUGGCGUUGAAAUCACACACAAUGGGAUUAGUGUGAAUAGCGAAGUGAAAUUGAGUUUACAAGAGAACAUUGUAAGAGGGAGAGUGAACAAUGGAUGUGCCGUGUGCGAGUUAGAGAAUAAAACAACAGUGUUUUACGAUAUUCAACAAAACAAGGUGUUAAAAACGUUUAUUGAUGUUGAGAAGGGUGCGUGGUAUCCUGAGAGUACUGAUAUGGCUGAGGAGGAUGAUAGCCAUUACCUCUUAUUAAAGAACAAAAGGAUAACACUUGGGACGCAAUACUUGAGUGGAAUAGGAGAGUCUUAUGCGCGUUUUGUUGAUCAAAGCACACAAGAACAGAUUGAGAGUGACAAGCCUGAGAAGACUGAAAAGAAGAAUGAAGACAAUGAAGUAUUAGAUGUCGAGUGUAUUAGUGUUGUAGAAGGCAAAGUUGACAUCUUUUGUGUGACACAAAACAACAAUUUCUAUUAUUACCGUUCACUGCCACAAAAGGGGGUCUUUGAGCGUUUAAAGAUCGAAAUUCCACAUAAAAAGGAAAGUAAGAAAGUUCCGCCAAAGAUCGUCGAACUCAUGCGAACGUCUUCCAAAGCGUCUGAAAAGCGAUUUUUGGUAUGUCGAGCGUUUCCGUUCAUUUUGGAGUUUUGUUAUGGGUUUCCGUGUGUUAUUCCAUAUGUAGAGAAUUCGAUAUAUGACGCUGUUGCUAUUGAUACUUCAAAACUCUUCUUACAGACGGAUGAAGGGGGGGUCACAGUUACACUCCCCAAAUUUGAGACGUUCAAUUAUGGUAUUCCAAUUCAAGAGAUCAUAGUAGGAGGAACUCCACAUAACAUCAUUUCCUCUCCAAUAGGUCUAGUUUAUACUAUUUCAACGACAACGACAUUGGAAAGCCCGGACUGUCCUCCACAACUUCCACACUCUUCAACACAACAAAAUGCAUUAGAAAAGCCGCCAGAAUUGACUGCGACACCUUUGCGAGCCGAGUUGUUCUUAGAACAUUACAAAUUAGUGUAUUUCGACCAGAAUCAGUCGUUCACGUUUGAUAAGGGGAUGUUUGUGAAUUCGCUUCGUGUGCUCGAACUCACUAUCAACUCGGUGAAGCGCGUAUUAGUAGGGUGUGGAGUUAAUACACAAACGACUGAAGACGACCCGGUGAAGGGGAAUGUCUUUCUAUUCAGUCUCGAGAGCACAUCAGAAGGUACGAUCCGGCAUAUUUCGACUGUCUGUGAUGGUAAAAAGGCUGUUCAUGCGAUUAAUUCGAUUGGGGGGUAUUUAGCUGUAGCUGAAGGGAAUGAGCUUCAAAUUUUGAAAGGGAAAACGGAGAGUUUGUGGGUAAAGAAGUGUUUUAGUGAUAUUUCGAUCUUGAUCAAUACAAUUACAUUUCUCCCAAUGACGCUGAGCAAAAAUAAAGUCGACGAGAUGUGUUAUUUGAUCUUACUGAAUGACAUGUACCGCUCAGUCAUUCUCUUGUUAUUCCAACCACAAAAGAAGAGCGUGAUUCCACUUGGAAAGGACGGACGGGACAUUCACGCGAUCGACGCCGCCUUUGUCUUAGACAAAGAUUACUUCCACGUUCUCGAAAUUGACUAUGAGAGGAACUUGAGUGUGAUGAAUUACUUGCGAACAGAGACCGAACGAAUUUCUAUCUUCGAAGUCGCAGCAACGUUCAAUGUCGGCGUCGACAUUUUGCGGCUCACGCGACUCAGAUUGGGGAAUGGGUACGUCUUCGUGUACCUCUCCGCUCAAGGCAGCGUCGGCUAUUUGACUGUAGUGAAUGAACGAAGUUACCAAACUCUUCGCCAGAUCAAUGCGAAGAUGAAUCGGGAGCCGUGGCAUUUUGCUGGGACGAAUCCGGAAGAGUUUCGUAUGGAGAAAGGGUAUGGUGUUGGGUAUGGGCGACGCAAGCAAGUGAUCUUAGAUGGGGACAUCUUGAAGGAGUUUCAUUUCUUAACACAAGAGCAACAAAAGAGGGUCUGUUUAAGGAACACAUCGAUCAGUGAUGUUGUGAAUAUCUUAGAUAAUGCGUUACAAAGGUCUUCGUUGCUCCAACUCGAACCAUAA